UCACUUUUCAACUCAAUUUAUUUGUUUUCAUUUCUCUUUCUAAACAGAUUAACAUAAAGUAAAUUGUUUAAACUUAAUUAAUCCGUUUAGAAUGCGAUUAACUGGCUCUUUAUCUAAGUGGAAAGGAGCCUUUAUUGGUUAUAUUCCGAAGUAUCCUGGAUCUUUGACCUCAGGGAAAACGCGAUGGGUUCCGCCAGUUCGAACAGGUCAUAAAGUUGAUUUUUUCUAUGAAUUAUCAGACACCCAAAGAGCAAUGAAUGUCUUAGCCAAACCUUACAUAACAAAGGACCAAGAAACGGCCUAUUUGCAGCAUGUCGGUAAAGCGAAACCUGAUUAUUGGGACGAUUUCAUGUGGAAAACACAUGUAGUGCCACCGAAACAUCGAUAUGCAGCUCAUUUCAUCGCUAGUUUGGAUCGAACGGCUAAAUUUGAAGAUGAAGAUUGAUGAUUAGAGUUAAAUCAGUGAAUCUGUUAUUAGAUAACAAUCAACAUCCCAGUGCGAGUUGAUUAUUAUUAUUGUUGUGAUGAAAAAACUUCCGCUCAUUCAAAUUGUUUAUUAUUAUUGAUUUAUAUUAAUGUUUAAUUUAUUAAUUUAAAUUGAUUAUCAUAACAAUUGAUAUUAUCAAGUAACAA